AAUGUGGGUGCGUUAUUUCUGAGAAAAAAGUCACAUCAAGAGGCAGCCAAAUAAAAAUUGAGUGGUCGUGUCAAAUGGCCACUCGGACAAGUGGGCCUCAUGUCCUGAUGUCAGAGGGAUGGCGGAAAACAACUUGCUCUUCUGCGCAGCAACAAUAUUUACUAGAGCAAUAUACACUAGCAUAGCUGAGUGGGCGGAACUAAUGAACGUGGAAAUUCCCAAACCAACACAAUUUUACUCUAUUCAAUCCACAUACCUCAUACCUGUUAUACAGUAUGCAUACAAAGAUCAACAGGACAAAAUCUUAGAGCGCCUCCGUGGAAUUGGAAAGAGUGUGGAUUUAUGUGGUGAUGCCAGAUGUGAUAGUCCUGGUUUCAGAAGCAUCCAGCUCAGUAGCCAUGGAAGCGAUGGGUUUCAAGAGGGGGCUCAACUACCUACUUCAUAUGGGCGUAGAUGUUGGCGUUAUCACCACAGAUAGGUCGCCAUCCAUCCGUGUGAUGAAGAAACUUGUGGCAGCAUCAAAUAAAAAGGUCAACCAAGAUCUGCGACCCUGGCUGAAAUCUGUAUCCAACCACCUCUACUGGCCAUGCAGCUCAGCAAAUGGGGAUCCUGAGAAAUGUCUGCAACGAUGGAGGUCACUGCUCCAUCACAUCUGUGGUGUGCAUAGAUGGCAGGAGGAUGGUGUGGAGCAUGUCUGUCAUCACCCAGCCAUGACAGAGGAGCAACAAAGAAGAAAGAAGUGGCUUCAAGUUGAAUCCUCUGCUUUCAAGGCUCUCAAGUCUGUAGUGAUGGACAACAAUCUCCUGCGAGACUUGAAACAGAUGGCACGUUUCAAACACACAGGAUCGCUCGAGGUGUAUCACUCUUCAAUGUUGAAGUACACAGAAAAGAGGCUACACUUCAAGUACGACACCAUGAGGGCUCGUACCCAGCUGGCCAUCUUGGAUCACAAUGCCAACAUCGGCAGAGCACAGGCUACUACCAAAGAAGGACAACCACGGUACAGAUAUUGUUAUUCCAAACAAAGUGCACAAUGGGUUGCGAAGCCCAUAUAUGUACACAUGUACACACCCAGCAGGCAUUCCGUGACGACCUUGUGGAGCGUGUCCUGAAGAGGAGGGAGGAUCCAACUGUGAUUUAUACAGAGCUGUUGCCCCGUCGUCAACCACGCAGAAGAAGACUUCUGCAAAAUAUUGCACCUGUUCCUAGGCCUCCAAAGGCAUUUCUACUUUCUCGCCACAGUUCAAGGUUCAAGCCUUAUUGAACAUGACAAAUAUCCUACAUAGUAUUUUUCUUAAAAGGUAGAUUAUGCAGGAUUUUAAAAACAAAAUAUAUAGACUUGUAC